GUAGGUAUGUAUGUCUGUAUAUAUGUAUGUAUGUAGGUAACUAAGUAGGUAGGUUGGGUUGUUUGAAGAGGAAAAAUUUAUUUGAAAAACAAAGAGAGUUAUCAAAAAUAAAGAAAAAAUAAAUAUCUCAAAAAAACAAAAGAGUUAAAACAAAAAGCAAAAAAGAAAAGAAAAAACUUGAAUUAAAAUUAAAAGGUUAAGAAAUUGAAAUGGGAGCUUUGGACAUAGAUCAGUACUUAGAAAACUUAAAAAAGGGUAAAUACUGCCUUCCUGAAAGAGAUUUGAGACGCAUUUGUGAGAAAGUCAAGGAAUUACUUGCUGAAGAAUCAAAUGUUUAACCAGUUAACUCCCCAGUUAACAUUUGUGGUGAUAUCCAUGGUUAAUUCUUUGAUGUACUUGAAUUAUUUAGAAAGGGAGGUGAUCUUCCUGAAAAUAAAUACAUUUUCAUUGGUGAUUUUGUUGACAGAGGCCAUAAUUCAGUUGAAACUAUUGAAUAUCUCCUCUGCUUGAAGGCUAAAUACCCUUAAUGCAUCACUCUUCUCAGAGGUAAUCACGAAUCUAGAUAAACUACUUAAGCUUAUGGCUUUUACGAUGAAGUUUUGAGAAAGUACGGUAACAUUAACCCUUGGCACUAUUUCACUGAAGUCUUCGAUUACCUCCCCUUGGGUGCUAUCGUUGAUGGAUCUGUCUUCUGUGUCCAUGGUGGUCUUUCUCCCGAUAUUAAAACUGUUGAUUAAAUCAGAGUUAUUCACAGAAAGUAAGAAAUUCCCCUCGAAGGUCCCUUCACAGAUCUCUUAUGGUCAGACCCUGAUGAUGUUGGUUCUUGGGCUAUGAACAGUCGUGGUGCUGGUUGGUUAUUCGGUGAUAAAGUUACAACUGAUUUCAACCACAUAAACGGUUUCUAAUUAAUAUGCAGAGCUCACUAACUUGCUCAUGAAGGUUAUCAAUACUGGUUCAAUGAGAAAAACUUAGUUACAGUUUGGUCUGCUCCUAACUAUUGCUACAGAAUGGGUAAUAAAGCUUCUAUCCUCAAGCUUGAUGAACAAUUAAAUACACACUUCGAAAUCUUUAACGAAGUUCCUGAAUCAAGCCAAGCUGUUCCUCCCAGAAAAGCUCUUCCUUAUUUCCUCUGAUCAAACAGAAAAUAAGAACUAAAUUCUAAAAUUAAAAAUAAAAAAUAUAUAAACUCUAGUGAUUCAAAUAAAAAUCACAUAAAAAUAUUAAUACAAAUUUAUCUCUUUUUAAGCCAUCAUAAAAACUAUUGAAUUACAAUAGCUACAUGCAUGAUGGUUUAAUAAAGAGAAGGUAUUAUAUAAAAAUAGUAACCAUUAUAAAUAUAAUCUUUCUUACAAAAUAACAACAAACAAAUAAAAACUACAAAGCUUACUUACGUGCUUUGAUAUUAAACAAAAUAUAUUAACACAAAGAGAAGAUUGGAAGCCAAAUUAAUUACUUAAUUAGCUUCCAUUUUAUACCCUUCUCUUAAAUCUUAAAUAAAAUGCAUCUUUUACAAUCAAAUAACAGACUUUGAAUCCUCAUAGCUAAAUUUAUUAGCUCAUAAAAAAUUGGACUCAUCUUUUUAUUACAUGAAACUAAGUAGCUUCUAAAAUGGUUCUAAGCUUUCUUAGUUAGUUUUAUGAGAUAAGCUUUUUUCCCAUUUUUCUUCUUUAGGGAAAAACUUAAAAAUAAUUAUUCUAAUUUACUCAAUUUUUGAUGAAAUUAUUAACGUAGUAAUCAUUCUUUCUUGCAUCAUCAUACUAAAUGUUAGUAAACUCAAUUUUCUUUCGAAAAAGAUUUACUCACAAGUAAUUUUUCUUGCAAUUAAGAAUGGCAACACAACCAAUAGCUUAUCAAUUAACUUCUCAGAAUAUAAAAUUAUGCAGUUCUCUCUCUAGUUACAAAAAAAGUAAGCUUCUUUUAUCACAAGAUGAGUGAUUUGUAAAAAGUGCAAAUUAUUCUAUAUAAUAUUUUAUAUAUAAAUUUAUAUAAUAUAAGAUAAACUAUAUCAAUUAGCAUUAUAUAUUCCUAUAUAAUACUUAUCUUUUAUUAAAUAAUUGAAAAUAAAAUUAAAUAAUUCUUCUUUAUAUUUUGUUUAUUUAUUAAGAAUUUUGUUUGUUAUUAAUACUUAACUCA